CAGGCAGCGGGACUCGCUGUGUCGGAAUCCGUAGUCGUGAAAAAAAAUACGGGAGACAUGGACUUGCAUUUUCUGACGAGUUUAUCCCGGUUUCACAGGGGAAACAUGUAAGAGGGACUGAGAUGGAGCUGUGGCUCACUAUGUCAUGGCUGAUACUAGGAGGACUAGCGCCGACUCCAGGUUCCGGAAACCCGGAUGCCAAGCGCCUCUACGAUGAUCUCCUUUCCAAUUACAACCGCCUCAUCCGGCCAGUUGGCAAUAAUUCUGAUAGACUCACCGUCAAGAUGGGCCUCAAACUUUCACAACUCAUCGAUGUGAACCUCAAGAACCAAAUAAUGACCACCAACGUUUGGGUUGAGCAGGAAUGGAACGAUUAUAAACUAAAAUGGAAUCCUGAUGACUACGGUGGAGUUGAGACCCUCCAUGUUCCCUCUGAACACAUAUGGCUUCCAGAUAUCGUCCUGUAUAAUAAUGCCGAUGGAAACUAUGAAGUGACGAUAAUGACCAAAGCAAUUCUUCACCAUACUGGCAUAGUAACGUGGAAACCUCCUGCCAUCUAUAAAUCAUUUUGCGAAAUAGAUGUCGAAUACUUUCCCUUCGAUGAACAGACGUGUUUUAUGAAGUUUGGAUCUUGGACUUACGAUGGAUACAUGGUUGAUUUACGACAUCUGCAACAAGUCCAGGAUUCGAACAAAAUAGACGUCGGAAUAGAUUUGCAGGAUUACUACAUAUCAGUGGAAUGGGACAUCAUGAAAGUUCCUGCUGUCCGCAAUGAAAAAUAUUACAGCUGCUGCGAAGAACCAUACCCCGACAUCAUUUUUUAUAUAACAUUGCGAAGAAAGACACUUUUCUACACUGUCAAUUUGAUCAUCCCCUGCGUCGGUAUAUCUUUUUUAUCCAUCCUCGUAUUUUACCUGCCCUCCGAUUCGGGAGAAAAAGUGUCACUAUCAAUUUCGAUCCUGCUGUCACUCACAGUCUUCUUUUUGCUGCUGGUAGAAAUUAUACCGCCUACUUCCAUAACAGUGCCUCUGCUAGGUAAAUACUUGCUCUUCACUAUGUUAUUAUGCACCUUAUCAGUUGUUGUCACCAUCGCAGUUCUGAAUGUUAAUUUUCGAUCACCAGUCACGCACAAACUUGCCCCGUGGGUUAAAACAUUCUUCAUCGAUAUACUUCCGAAAUUCCUGUUCAUCGAAAGGCCGAAAAAAGAUGACGACGAUAAGAACCAGGAAUGUAUUUUAACUGACGUCAUCCAGGUUCCCAUGAUGGAAAAAUGCAAGCCAUUCGAGAAAACGUCGUUCGACAGUUUCGAUUUAGGUCUUCCACCCUCUAGGUUUGAUGUCCAGCAUACUGGAGGUCUAGGUUCUUGUUUCGGAGAACCACCAUUUCCACUGCCUCUUUCUGGAGGCGACGAGGAUUUAUACAGCCCUGCGAGUUGCAGGACGAAUACUUUCGAUGGCACCAGUGAUAUUAGUCCAUCGUUUGACAAAUCGGAACUGCACGACAUGGACAAAACCAUUGCGGACUCCCGAUUCAUUGCUCAACAUGUUAGGAAUAAGGAUUCUUUCGAAAAUGUGGAAGAAGAUUGGAAAUACGUGGCAAUGGUUUUGGAUCGUCUCUUCUUGUGGAUGUUUUCAGUGGCUUGUGUAGUUGGAACGGGGAUAAUCAUUUUGAACGCCCCCUCGCUUUACGACACUACCAAACCGAUAGACGUUCUCAUUUCAAAAGUGGCGAAGAAAAAAAUGGCACUACUCAAAAUGGUUCCCGAGGAACUCUGAAUGCUCACAGUGUUUGGUUAGGAGGAAAUCAUGGGCUACUGAGACGAAGGACGCAAGAGGCGGCAAAAGGAUCAGCUACAAAAAAUCGUUCAACGUAAAUGAUAAAUGAAAUCGGAAAUGACAAUUAUUUUUCUUUAUUGUAAGCAUCAAAGUAUAUUUUAUCUUUUAAUAACAUACUCUAAAUAUAACUUGUAUAUUGAACUGAAUAAACUGCGGAAUGUUGAAUUGAUUCGAAAGCAGUAGCCUAGGAUAGCCUACUAGACCAAAUGUGGAACUUCUCUAUCGCCGUUGCAACACUCAAAAUUGCGAUAACGAUGAUAAUCACUAACAUAGUAUUUGUUAUGUUAUGUAAUUGAUAAAUCAAUAAUAUUACAAUGUUAAAGCUGUUUCAUUUAUAAAAAUAAUG